UUCAAAAAUUCGUCUUCUUCCCCACCUUUCCGCUUGCCUGGACGCGCGCCGCCGCCAGUUUACUUCCAAGCCGACAGUUUCUGGUUUUGCUUUCGCGUUUCCUUCCAAAAUUGUCACAUGAUUAAUGCUCACCUCCUCCUUCCAAGAAUGCAAGAAAUCGGUGACUUCCACACCCGAUUUCUUGUUUAUCAAGUCUUCGGUUUCUUCAAAGGCUCCAUUUUGCUGCCCCACGCGCAAUUUCUUGAGCCCGUCCCCCUCUCCUCUCCAUCCCACCCGAUCCCCCGUGCUCGAGCUUUUGCCGGAGUCCCCGAUGGAACCAGAGAGAAAUCCAGCUCCGGAGGAGUUCAUCGCCGGUGGCGAGAAGAUGGUUGUUCCGGAGGGGAGCGGCGCCGGCGCCGUGGUCGGGGUUACCGCGGAGACCGAUGGCGUCGGUGCCCAGGAGGUCGCCGCCGGACCAGAGAUCCAGGACUACUUGUGGUCCUGCCACCAGUGCCGCCAGAUGAAACAAGAUAACCCUGUGACUUGCAAAACGGUAGGAAAACCCUGCCCCAUGAAGUACUGCGAGCGAUGCUUGCUUACUAGGUAUGGAGAGAUUGCCGCCGAGGUGGGGGAGAAGGAGAAUUGGAAAUGUCCGAAAUGCGUUGGCGAUUGCAACUGCAGCAACUGCAUGGUCAAGAGAGGUGAACUACCGACUGGGAAACUCUACCGUGCUGCCAAAGCAUCCGGGUGCUCCUCUGUCCGGGAGUUGCUAAAUAAGGGAAAAGAAGCUGUGGCUGAUGCACUGAAGUUAAUUGGUACAGAGAAGGGCAACCCAAAGAAGGCCCUAAGGACAGACGAUCAUGUCGUUGAAUUACCAGUUGAAAUAGUUCUACCCAGGGGUACUGUGCUGACUCGCAUUGCAGGUGUAGAGCUGCGGCCUGAAGAUGUCGGCUGUGCCAUUCAGUUUUUGGAGUUCUGCCGCUUCUUUGGGGAGAUCUUUCAAAUAAGGAAGGAGCAAGCAGAACAAAUUCUCAAAGACAUAACUGGAGAUUUUGAAGACCGGGUGGUGCCGUCACUUGUGGCGAAUCUGCACAUUAGUUUGUUUUAUGUCAUCCAAGAACACAACAAAGAGAAGUCACUGAUUUAUUCAGAAGAUGGAGAUAGAUGGAUUAUUGACAUUGGCAACUAUUUUAGUGAAUCGACACUUAACUCAAUGGAACUGCCGCUUGGCUGUUUAAAGCAGGGGUUAUUGGCAUACAUAAAUCUGAGCUCUUCUUCUAAGCUGGAUGUGCUGAAUGCUCUGUGCGAUGAGACCCUAUCUUCUGUAAAUUUAAGGAACCUGAUUGUCGAACAAGUGGAAAGGGUAGAUGAGAGAAAGUGUGAGGCCAGAAAAAAAAUCUGUACUGCAACAAAACAGGAAAAUGAACUAAAGAAAUUUAAAAGUGGCAUGGAUAAAAAGAUGGCUUUGGAAGGAGGAGAAUCUGCUAACAAUGAGGAAAGCAAUAACAUCAUUUCGCAAAUAAAUGAGGCCAAGGAAAUCAAGCAAGCAGGCAUGAAUGAAUUAAAUGAGCUACAAGAUGUCCCUAGGACCAAGCUUAUCAUGGUAGACAAUGCUGUAGCAUACUGGAAGCUGGAUGGCUAUUGUGAUAAGAAUACAUCAAUUAUGUGCCAAGAAUUGGACGGUCAAAAUACAAUGAUGAACAAAGGCAAGUGGUUCAUGUUCACUGAAGAUGAACAAAAAGUAGUUGAAGAUUGUGUAACCACAAGGUUGCAAAGGAAGCGGAAAAAUCGUACCCAGGUGUAAUAAUCUACUGAUCUCAAUCUGCUGGUCUCUAGAGGGUUAAAGGUGGAUGGCAGAACCCACCCUAUCUGAGACCUGGAAGCAUUUGCAGUGUAGAGGCCAGAGGCAGAUGACAGUUUCAUUAUAGGAAAGUUAUAUAGUUACAGAACAAACAACAGAGGUUGAAGAUUCAGUCACAACAUUUGAAUCCGAAGCAUAUGUCAUGUUUUCUUUCCAGACGGCAACGCCAAAAUCCUUCGUAACACCAUCUACAUUUUAUACCCUAGAUGUCCUAUGGUUAAGGGAAUGUGGUACAUUAGCUUUUGAAUGUGGUACAAUCAAUUUUCCCUGUUGUAUAAUUAAUCUUUGCGUAGCAACAAAUGUUUUUUUCCAGUCCUGAACAUGAAAACUUUAAUUUGGUAUUAUUUUG